AUGAAGCAGAGGCUUGCAGAAUUCGAAGAAGCUGAAACACAGGCUGCAGAACCCAAUAAGUCUGAACCACAGUCUGAAGAACCCAAAGAAAUUGAACAGCAGUUUACUGAACCCAGUGAGGCUGAAGAGCCUGAACAAUCAACAGAACCCAAGAUACUGAACAGCCACCAGCAGAGGUCAGAAGAAGCAGAACAAAAGCAGGAGAACCAGCAAAUAUUUGUGAGGAAACACCAGCUACAAAGGACAGUACCACAUGUUUAUGACUUUAUAUCUGAUACUGCUGAUGACCAAAACCUUCAGCAGGGCAAGUUUCUCUCAGAUGAUAAGCAACAGAAAGAAGAUCCUGGAACACCAGAUGAAGCUGAGGCAUCCCCAGCACCUCUACUAAAGGAAAUAACAACAGGAACUCCAAAACGGUCUCCAGAUGAUGCUCAGGGUGCCAAUGCUGAAGCAGAAGAUUCCUCUGAAGCAACAGAGACUGGUGCAGAUAUCUCUGAGCUGAAGUCCUUUGCAGAAGAAUCUCAUGGUCAUGAAAAAGCACUUGUUGCUGAAGAAAUCCCAGUUCCUAUUCCUGAAGAAGAGUACUGUCCUAGUAUUAGGAUGGGUCUGAUGGAUGAAGCAGCAAGUGAAGAUUCUGCUGUUCUCUGCAAAGGUCAGGGAACUCAGACUUCUCUAGCCUUGUCACUUACACCUCCUCAAGCUGUCAGCAAAGAACACAGCACACAGACAGAUGAAGAACAAGGAGUAGCUGUUCUUGGUGUACAGACUUCUUUCUUGCAUGAUGAAGGUGGUGUUGAAACUAGAGCUGGUAGUCAUGGGCCAGUUAAAACAGAAGGCGUGACUGAAAUUUUGCUAGAUGCACUUCUUCCCUCUGAGACCCAACUGUUAAUCAAAGACACUCAAGUUGUUGGUUCAAAGCCAUCACAGAAUGUUGAGAUUGAUGCAAGUGAGGCAGAAGGAGUACCUUGCAUAGUAACUAGCCAUGUCAGUCUUGCAUUUUUAGGCUUAGAUUCACAGAAACCAGAGAGUCUAACAGCAGUUUCUGUAAAUGGUAAAAAGACGGAAAAUGUAACAACAGUGACUGCAAAGCCGGGAUCAGGAACAGCUCAGACUCCCAUUUCUCAAGAAAGUAAAACAGAUUGUGAGCACAACUCAGAAUUAGUUAUAGACAAAAAUAAAGUAACAGAAGUACAAGUUAGAUGUGAAAAGGACAUCCCAGAGGCUGGAAAAUAUACAGAAGAGAGUGUCCAGACUGGUAAAGAAACUGAAUUUGUUGACAGAUCUCACACUGCUCCAGAAACAUCUGACCAGUUUUCAAAAGAUGAUAAAAGUGCUUUACAAGAGUUGGAAGCCAAAGAAGUUCAAAAGGAGGCAGGAAAUGAACCACUUCCAGACAGCCCUUCUCUUGAGGCUAUUGCUGAAGCAGUAGCUGCUGCAACUACUCGUGCUGCUCUUGAUCUGCUUGCAACCACCAACUCAGAUACUCUUAUUAAACCUCAGGAAGUUCAGGAGGCUGCAAGUAGCCCCAGCAUCUCAUCUCUACCAAAGACUGCUGACACUAAAGUCGUUCCUAGUGAGCUAGGAGAAGAGGCCAGAAAGCCAAGUGAACAAGUGACAGAAGCAUCAAGAUCUCAAACCCAAAGUGAUGCGUCACAGCCCACCACAGUAUAUGUAGCCACUGUUACACAUACACCUUCACCAUCUCCCACAUCCACACCAGAAAAAGAAAAAACUCAGGAGUCUGUAGAGGCUGACUUGAUGAAGGCAUCAGUGCCCCAAGGUGAAAUUUCAGCUGAAACUAGUAAAACUGAUGCAGCCUCUCCAGUGCCUAUUUCUCAGGAUGUAGUUGUAACAAAGACAGUAGAAGCUGCUCUUGCUGAGGCAGCAGAAGAAGUAUGUGAUAUAAAUACAAACAAAGACACCAAGCAUCAGGAUACUACUGCCACCCAGGACCACCAAGGAGUCGCCACUGUUAGCCCAAACGAAGAUAGUCCGACAUGGACAUCGAGCAAAGGAUCGAGUCCAGACAUGGAAGAAUACGAAGUUAUAAAUAAAAAGAUAGUGCAUCAGAAAACCACUUAUAAAACAAGUAUAUAUUAG